AUGGAUGAGGUGAAGCCAUUACUGCUCCUGAAACCAAAGGCGUACGCCCGCCGUUGGUGGGUUCUUAUGUACGUCAGCCUGGUGAUGGUAUUCAUCGUACUCAGUUGGAAUACAUGGGGCCCUAUCAGUCAGUCAGUAGAGUAUGGUUUUGGCUGGGACAAUUCCAUUAUAGCAGAUAUCCUCACGGUUGGACGAAUAGGGGCUUUUUGUAGUAUCAUUCCAUUAAGUUACCUGGCAGAUAUGAAAGGGAUCCGUUAUGCUAUGAUUACAAGCACGACUAUGGUACUCGCUGGAUAUGGAUUUCGUUGCGCCAUAAAUCAAUCAACUUCAACGUGGCCAGCAUUGUUAGGGCAGAUAUUUGUCGGUAGUGGGAUGGGGAUUGCAUACAGUGGUCCAGUCGCCAUGUCAGCAGCGUGGUUUCCACCAAAAGAACGUGCCACGGCCACAUCUAUUACCGUUAUGUGUACAUAUUUUGGAUAUGGGAUGGCCUACAUUAUCCAUCCACUACUUGUAUCAACACCCGUAUUUGGUGAGGAUGUCUCCUCUUACUGGAAUACUAACCAAACGGAGCGCAUUAACUAUACCGAUCACAAUCUUAGUACCGCUGCCACCCUGACCAAUGGUAGCUCUGGUAAAAUUGUACUGAACAAAGACAAGAUUCAAGAAGAAACAAUGACAAUGACGUACAUAGAGACGGUGAUUGCAGCAGUUCUCGUGGUAGUUGGAGUAACUCUGCUUCCGAACGUUCCACCCUCACCUCCUUCCUAUAGUGCAAACGCAGUUAAGAUGGGAUAUACCAGAGUAUUUUUACACGUCAAAAGAAAGAAGCUGGAUGGCUUGGAUUUUCUAGUCUCAUAG